UUAAUGUUCUCAGUUCUCUCCAGUCUUCACAACUCACAAGUGCAGUAGAAACAGUUCACAGUUGUAGGUCGUUGUUUAACAUCUUAAAUGUGUACGAGUGUAGUCCAUACAAUAUUGUUCUAAUUAACAGAAAAUAUUCUGACUUGGAACCCGGCCAAAAUUGUUUAAAAUGAAUUCUAAUUGCGCCACGUACAAUACACCAACUCAAACUAUGAUGAUUAUGGCAGAACAUUAUGAUAUGUUUUAUCGUUUUUUUCAGAAGCAAAUCAUGUGCGAUGUUACCUUAGUAAGUGAUGAUGGCACACAAAUUGAAGCUCAUAAAUUAAUUUUAGCACCUGCAAGCUCUAUGCUGUUAUCGAUGCUCUAUGGUAGCUUUAAAGAGAGCAAAGAAAACAAGAUUUUUAUCAAAGAAAUUGAUUCCGAUAUUUUAAAAUCUAUUUUAACAUGUGCUUAUACGUUCAAACUGAACGUUAAGGAAAAUAAUAUUGAAAACCUUUUGAGAGCAGCUGAUUACUUUGAUUUCAAUCACGCAAGGGAUUUAUGCUUUAGUUAUAUUAAGCACAAUAUAGAUGCCAAUAAUUGCAUUGAUUUCAUGAGAUAUACAAAGUCUAUAUCGCAACCUGGACUGUACACUUUUUGUUUCUCAUACUUGUUAAACAAUUUCAAAACAAUUGUGAAAAAUGAAUCAAAUUUAAAUAGUCUAUACGAAUUUGAUUGUGACGAUGUUGUUGAGCUCAUCAAAAAAGAUCAUUUACUUAUUGAAUCUGAAGAUAAGGUGUUAGAUUUUAUAAUUGGAUGGAUCAACUAUAACACAAAUGAACGGAACAAAUAUUUACCAAAUUUAAUGAAACACUUGAGGUCACCUUUAUUUUCGAUGAAUGGAAGACGACGUAUUUGCAAUGAACCUUUAUUGGAAAGUAAUAUAGACUGUUUGAUAGAUGUUCUGAAAAGAAUGGUAACUAACGAUAAAACAAAUUUUCGGACACCUCAACGAUAUGAACCAAACAUUAUGUUAGCAAUAAAGGGGUUAUCAAAUGGCAACGAUUCAUGUGUAAUGUAUUUGGAUCCUAGGGCCCAGACUAACAUAAAUUGGAAACCAAGCAAUUUUUUAUUUUUUUGUCCUCGCCGUAUUGAAACAACUUUGGUCGUCUCAGAUAAUGGAAUAUUACUUGCGAUUGGCGGCCGGAACGAAUUUGGACAUUUCACAAAUUGUGUGGACGAACUAGACCUAUCAUCUACGUCAAAACGUUGGGUUCCUACAUCGCCUUUGCUACAGUUACGAACAAUGUUUUCCGUAAGCGCUAAAGGCAAAUACAUAUAUGUUGUCGGAGGUUGUUCGUUUAACAAUAGAAUAUUAAACACAAUAGAAUAUUACGAUACAUGUUCGAAAAUAUGGAUUGAAAUAGAAGAGCAAAUGCCCAGCCCUCGAAAAUUAAGCAAUGUAAUAAUUCAUGCCGAAUGGGUAUAUGUUAUUGGUGGAUUUGGUGAGAAUUGUAAACGACUGAAUAGUGUUGAUCGCUAUAAUACUAUAGAAAAUCAAUGGCAACAGAUGGAGUCCAUGCCAUUAAGACAAGGUUCAAUGGGUAUUGUCAUUAGAGAAAACGACUGUUAUUUAUUUGGUGGUUUUCCUGUGUUAACGAAAAGAGUUCUUAAAUUUAAUUUGCAAUCUUCAAUUUGGCAACCACUUCCCGAGAUGAAUUUCGGAAAACGGAUGUCAAGUGGCGUUCUUGUUGGUAAUAAUUUAUACGUUGUGGGAAAAAACAAAGCUUGGUGGAUAGGAAAGGACAGUCGUAGUGAUGGAGUCUUUUGUGAAAGAUAUGUUCCUGAAAAAAAUGAAUGGCAAGUGAUUAUUCCAUUAGAAGAGUUACCAGAUUAUGAUCAUAUUAUUUGUCUUAAUGAUGAGUUGUUAAAAACGUUUAAUAUGCCCUUAUAAAAUAUGUAAUAAUAUUGUACAAUUUUUUUUUUUAUAAAAUUAACCAAUGUGUUUGUAUAACUAUUUUGGAUAAUAAAAUUGUCUUA